AUAGUAAUAAUAUCAAUGGUAUCGCGUAGUGUGACCAUGAGCGUUUGGCACUAGAUAUAUGACUACGUAUAUAAAUAAUUCUAAAAUAAUAUAAACUAGGAUUUGUGUUGUUAUAUUAAAUAACACCACAAACUUUGCAACAACAAUAAAUAUAUGUUAGACAUCCGGUGUGUGCAAGCAUGUGACGAUCUCACGCUAGGCCUAAACCGCAAGAUGACCAUGUGUGGUCAUCUGAAAUAAUAGAAGGGACAGGGACAGAUACCCAUCGAGGAGAGCUGCUGGACAAGCGUCCAUCAGACGAACAACGAGGCCCAAGAAGAACAGUCUAACUAAAUACAUAGUCACAUCUCGCUGACCCACAGUUUAUUUGUACAUUUAUUGGACUUAGCCAUUUUUCUGAUUAAAUAAUAAUAUUUUAAAGAGUUAAUAAAUACAAGUAAUACAAUUCAUUUUCGUAAUUUAUUUCCAUACUUCCAUAAGUAGUUGCGCAGUUGUAGGCUCGUUACAGUACUUAUAAAUUAAAUAAUUUAUGUUAUAAAGUUAUUGCUUACUGACUUGUAAAUUAUUAAUACCAAAUAUAUUGUAGAUCAGCACUAACAGAAACAAAUUCUGACAAUUGUUUAUCACCACAAAUGUUUGAAAAUGAUAAUAAUGAAUCUCAUAAUGAAGGUAUAUUUUCUUCUGCAUAAACAUAAAUGUCAUACUUAUUAUAAGUACCUAUGUGUUAAAUAUUUAUGUUUUAUUUUGUAUAAAAUGAACAGUAUCAGCCUUCAUUAUCCGGAGCCGGAUCUGGACUUUUCUCAUGCUACAAUACAUUUAUUACAACAGCAAAUUUUGUUAGUUCAACAAAUUGUACGAGGUCAACAGAUGACUGAUAAAUUAUUAACAAAAUUAAUCAUGAGCAAUGGUGAUUCUAAACCCCAAUCAACAAUCAGACAAAAAUGUUCUGAGCAUUUCAUUCUGCCGGCUAAAUCUAUAGCUGAAGUGUGUGAUAUUGAAGAAAAAUUGCAAUUGUCUGCUUCACGACAACUAAUAAUCAAUAGAUUACAGCAAUGUGGGGGAAGAUCGCAGAAUGACACUACCACAAAAUAGUCUUUGUGGUUACUGGGAAUACGUAUACCAAAAUCCUAUUCCGGGGGAGCCGGAGAAAGUUCCACUGGAAAUCGACAUUGCCAACAAGCUCAAGCGGUAACAGUGAUCCGACAAGCACGCACGUCUGACUGGCUGCGGGAGCAUCUAGCGUACCUGCACCCGACAUUCGCGGAGGCUUGUAGGAAUCUUAGUAGGGGAGGAAUUUUUCUGGAGUCAUCAACCAGCUUUCGC